AGGGAGGGCGCGGGGAGCGGGGUGCUCUUGCCGCCGGGAGAGGCGAGCGCGAGGCAGAGAGAGCGCGAUUCAGCUCCAAACUCCGGCGCUGCAGCCGAUCCGACUCCGGGCCGCGGUGGGCACCGCGCGCAGCCGGGGAGCCGAGAACCGCGGCGCGCCCCGAGGACGCCCAGAGCUCGAGGGCUGCUACGCCUCGCAGAGCCGGAGCUGAGUCGAGCCGGGCGCCUGGGCGGCCCGGCAGCGGCGGCAUGGGGGCGCCCCCGCGGCGCUCCGCUCUGCCCGCCACAGCCUCGGCCAGCGGCCGGAGGCAGGAGCGCGUCUGAGCCCAUGGCGAGGGGACCCGCCACCGCCGCCGCCACCGCCGCCGCCCCGCCACCGCAGCCAGCUCCCGGGCACCAUGCGAGCCGCCCCGAGCCUCCGCCGCUUCGUCUGCCUGCUGCUCGCCGCGAUCCUGGACCUGGCUUGCGGCUACCUGACAGUCAACAUUGAGCCUCUCCCGCCUGUGGUGGCUGGAGAUGCCGUGACCUUGAAGUGUAACUUCAAGACAGAUGGGCGCAUGCGGGAGAUCGUGUGGUACCGGGUGACGGAUGGCGGCACCAUCAAGCAGAAGAUCUUCACCUUUGACGCCAUGUUCUCCACCAACUACUCACACAUGGAGAACUACCGCAAGCGAGAGGACCUGGUGUACCAGUCCACUGUGAGGCUGCCCGAGGUCCGGAUCUCAGACAACGGUCCCUAUGAGUGCCAUGUGGGCAUCUAUGACCGCGCCACCAGGGAGAAGGUGGUCCUGGCAUCGGGCAACAUCUUCCUCAACGUCAUGGCUCCUCCCACCUCCAUUGAAGUGGUGGCCGCUGACACACCAGCCCCCUUCAGCCGCUACCAAGCCCAGAACUUCACGCUAGUCUGCAUCGUGUCUGGAGGAAAACCAGCACCCAUGCCAACCACAGAGAACAUACCAGAGACGGUCGUGAGCCGUGAGUUCCCCCGCUGGGUCCACAGCGCCGAGCCCACCUACUUCCUGCGCCACAGCCGCACCCCGAGCAGCGACGGCACUGUGGAAGUACGCGCCCUGCUCACCUGGACCCUCAACCCACAGAUUGACAACGAGGCCCUCUUCAGCUGCGAGGUCAAGCACCCAGCACUGUCGAUGCCCAUGCAGGCAGAGGUCACGCUGGUUGCCCCGAAAGGACCCAAAAUUGUGAUGACGCCCAGCAGAGCCCGGGUCGGGGACACAGUGAGGAUUCUGGUCCAUGGGUUUCAGAACGAAGUCUUCCCGGAGCCCAUGUUCACCUGGACGCGGGUUGGGAGCCGCCUCUUGGAUGGCAGCGCUGAGUUCGACGGGAAGGAGCUGGUGCUGGAGCGGGUUCCUGCUGAGCUCAACGGCUCUAUGUAUCGCUGCACUGCCCAGAACCCACUGGGCUCCACCGACACGCACACCCGGCUCAUCGUGUUUGAAAAUCCAAAUAUCCCAAGAGGAACGGAGGACUCCAAUGGUUCCAUUGGCCCCACUGGCGCCCGGCUCACCUUGGUGCUCGCCCUGACAGUGAUUCUGGAGCUGACGUGAAGGCACCCACCCAGGCCACUCCAUUGGGCACUGACAUCUCCGCGACCGGUUUUCAUUUCUUUUCUAAACUAUUUCCAGUCUUGUUCUUAGUCUCUCUUUCCGUCUGUGUCUUGGCUUCUUCAGUCGGUUUAACUAAAACAAACAGAACAAUUUUCCCCA